AUGCUCAACGAUCUCUUAUACUUAAACUGGCUUACCCACGGAGAUGUUUCCCCGCUCCCGUUCCCACAAUCAAUAUCGGCAAAUGCUACACAUGUUCUUCAUUUUAGGUCUUUGGUGCAGCUGAUAGAGUAUCUCUCGGUUUCCAUCAACUAUACACUUGUCCGGUUCUCCGAUGGAGUGCAGCGUAUUCCUCUAAAUACCCACGAGAAAGAAAUCGACUAUGCCACAAUUAUUGUUGUCAACACAAACGAAGAUAUAUGGAAAGAAGAAAUCAGCAUUGACACUGCAGUAAAGCUGCUCAAGUACAGAUUCUCGCAUUUGAACAUCAUCAUAUUACCGGUUGAUCCAGAGGACAAAAUAAGGGAAAUGAGAGAAAACUUCCCAACAAGACUACAAAGAAUGAAACUAUGGACUGGGUUUAGUAACGCAGAACUCUUGGAUACUAUGGAUGGGUAUGUCGAUUCCAAGGCUAUUAAGGAGGAGGAUUUAAAGCUUUUUACCGACUUGUUAUCCAGAAUACAAUAUGACAAAUUGCUGUUUCACGUUAAUGCCGAUAGGGAGAAACUUUGGGAAGCUUUGAAUAAGUGGGAUUUUGAUGCGUUCCAAUUCAACCUCGAUGAACUACUAGUCAUUUCCUUCUUGAUCUUUGAGAGAUUCAUCAAACCAGAAAACUCAAAUAAUCUUAAAUCUUUUCUAUUUUUCGUUAGAGAUAACUAUCAUAUCGGGAAUCCUUUCCACAAUUUCAGACACGCUGUCGACGUUUUACAAGCUACAAAUAUGUUUCUCAACUCCUUAAUCAAGAAUUCCAAUUAUAAAAUAAGUAAAUUAGAUUCUUUCUCCCUUUUACUUGCAUCAUUAGGUCACGACAUAGGGCACCCGGGAAUCACCAAUGCAUUUUUAAUUAGCAAUAAGUCACCAUUAGCAGUUAAGUUCAAUAAUAUUUCAAUUCUUGAAAACUUCCAUAGAUUCCAAUUUCAGAGGAUACUGAUACCCUUUUUAAACCAGUCAAUGGAGAAUAAUUUAUUAAGUAUAGAGAUGGAAAUCGAUGUUCCUUACCUUUUAGAUAUUGUUAACUAUUCAAUUCUUGCAACCGAUAUGGCCAAACAUGAUGAGUUUGUUGGCGAAAUCGAGAGACUAAUUACUGAAUUCGAUAAUUUCAAGUUACUUGCGUGCUUCCUCAUCAAAUGUGCUGACAUUUCAAAUGUGUGUAGGACUCUUAAUACAAGUUGUAAAUGGGGGUUGUCCUUAGGUGAAGAGUUCAAGCAAAUUGCACUAUUGGAGAAAUAUUUGAAAAACGAAAUCAAACCAUCCGACGAAAUCGUUGAAUUCGAUUUUAAAAAACCAAUCAAAAACAUCGACGCAAAGGAAGGUAUUGUUUUGGUACCCAAACUGGCAGGCAAUCAAAUGUUUUUCAUAAACAGAUUUGCUACAGAUUUCUUUACCAAAAUAUCCGAUUCGCUUCCCCCAUUAUAUAUUUUGUCAAGUACACUUCGUACCAACACUACUUAUUGGGAACAAAGUUUGAAGAACUAA